CUAAGAUCAUUUCACUACCCCUUCCAAUCAUUUAUUAUGAAAACUCAAGUUCUUUUACCUUUGAUUUUGACAACAUGGCUUCUUGUAUAUGUCCCUACUAUUCAAGCUGUACCUUUAGGAAAGACUCAUAGUCCAGUUUCUAAAGCUGAUGCAUCCAACAGUACUUUACCUCCUUUGAUACCUAAUCGCGUAGCACCUGCUAGCGUCAUACCUUCAUUCAACAUGUCUAUGGAGCAAAUGAUCAGUGAAAGUAACGGUCCCUUACCUAAUGGGACAGCAAAAGUGGGUCCAUGGGCAUUGGAUUUACCCAAGAAUGACACUUCGGUAACUACUUUUGGCUCUAACGCUGGCGUGACUCAAGCUUCCACAUCCCAGGUAGAUGAUGCCUACUUGCGAGCUGAAUUGGCGGCUGAUGCUUAUUGUAAAAGUGUAGUUCCAUUGAAUAUUUGGGUUUGUCCUCAUUGUCAAUCAGCAGUCUCGGAUGCUAAGAUUGAAACAUCCUUCACUACUUUGGCGGCUGAUACAAAUGGUUAUAUCAUUACAAGCGCUAGUCAAAAAAUGAUCUUUGUCGUCUUCAGAGGUACCAAUUCUAUCAGAAGUGCCAUCGUGGAUAUGAACUUCGUCAAGACGGACUAUACACCUGUUGGUAACGGUGCUCAAGUUCAUGCUGGUUUCCUCCAAUCUUACUUGGAAGUCCAAGAUAAAGUAAUCACUGAAGUAAGCAACCUUGUCUCUCAAUAUCCUGAUUAUGGUAUUCAAUACACUGGACAUUCACUUGGAGCUGCUCAAGCUGUCUUGGGAGCCAUGGAUGCUUAUCAACGUAUCAAACAAAUCUCUUCAUCCAACUUGAAAAUUCAUACAUACGGUGAACCUCGCGUUGGAAAUAAACAAUUUGCUGCCUAUGUCAAGUCAACCAAUGUAUCUAAGGUUCGUGCUGUGCAUGCAUCUGAUUUGGUUCCUCAUCUCCCUCCUAUGAAUAUGGGCUUUCUUCACUCUGGUACUGAAUAUUGGAUCAGGGAUAAUGAUUCGAAAUUAACAGAUAUAUGUCAAGCUGAUUUUGAAUCUGCAUCUUGUUCCAACACUGCUGUUCCUUUCCUUAGCAUCACUGACCAUUUAAGCUAUUACAACAUCAACGAAGGCCUUUGUUUGUAGUAUGCUUGAUAUACUUUUUAUCUCUGCUUAUCUUGUAGUUUCUCCAUUCCGGUCUUUUUCCCCUUUUAUAGUGAUAUUCGUUUUGUAACUUACCUAUUUAUCUCCAAUUUUUUCUUUUUUGUUUAUUUAUUUUGGAUCAAUAAAACCGAGACUUGUUGUUACA